AGUGGUGGCCGCUACCCGCCUAGCGGCCGUGCGUCACGAUUUUCUCCUGCAAAAACAGCGCCGGGAUAUACUACGUUAACGAUCAGUGAAAUAAUGGGGAUCGUGCAAAGCCGUGCCGGCGAGAGCGAUGGCGGUGUGCGCGAGGUGUUCAUCGGUAGUGUCAAGGGCGGCGCGCCUCAUCAAUCCUGUCAACCUAGCCUCGGUAUGGGAAGUUUGGGUGGACCACACGCACGGAGCGGCAGCGUCCGUAGCGCGCCAAGGCAACCUAUGCCCGACGCUGUCGAGCUCGAGAGGCGCUUCACCAAAGUCCUGGCUUCAAUGGAUUUGCCGCCGGAUAAGGCAAAGCUCUUGAAACAGUACGACAACGAGAAAAAAUGGGAUAUCAUAUGUGAUCAAGAAAGGGUACAAGCAAAGGAUCCGCCGUCCCAUUACCUAGCAAAAUUACGCACCUACCUGGAUCCGAAAGCGUCGCGAAGUCAUCGAAAAAGAAAAAUAGUUGGGGAGUCAACGUCGACACAAGUACUCCGGGAUUUGGAAAUCUCUUUACGAACGAAUCAUAUAGAAUGGGUGAGGGAGUUCCUAGACGAGGAGAACCAAGGCUUGGACGCACUGAUAGACUACCUCAGCUUCAGGUUACUCAUGAUGAGGCACGAGCAGCGUCUUUUAGAAUCUCACGCGAGCUCCGAAGAGAAAUUGCAAACCGCCGGUACCGGGGAUACUUCACCCCUAAAUAAUGGAUGCCUCAGGCCGCCCCUCCACGAGCUCAAGGAUAGUCCUGGCGUUAGGAGGAGGUCUCGGCACGUGGCCCGUUUGAAUAUGGGCGAGGCAAAAGACGACAUCCACGUUUGCAUACUGUGCAUGCGUGCCAUCAUGAACAACAAGUACGGCUUUAACAUGGUGAUUCAGCAUCGAGAAGCAAUCAAUUGCAUCGCGCUUAGCCUGAUGCACAAGAGUUUAAGGACGAAAGCCCUAGUGUUGGAGCUUCUUGCUGCGAUCUGUCUCGUGAAGGGUGGCCACGAAAUUAUUCUCUCGGCCUUCGAUAACUUCAAGGAAGUGUGCUCGGAAAGGCGAAGAUUUACAACCCUUAUGGCGUACUUCACCCAGUACGACAGUUUUCACAUAGAAUUCAUGGUCGCCUGUAUGCAGUUCGUGAAUAUCGUCGUUCAUUCGGUGGAGGAUAUGAAUUUCAGGGUACAUUUGCAAUAUGAGUUCACGAAACUCGGAUUGGACGAGUAUCUGGAGAAACUUAGGCAUACCGAGAGUGAGGAUUUGCAGGUUCAAAUCUCUGCGUAUUUAGAUAAUGUAUUCGAUGUAGCUGCCUUAAUGGAGGACAGCGAAACUAAGACUGCCGCGUUAGAAAAAGUUGCUGAGCUGGAGGAUGAACUUGGUCACGCGCACGAUCGAAUGGCGGAAUUGGAAAGAGAAUCCCUGGCGAAAUUAGCGGAGUUAGAGACUGAACUAGGUGCAUUAAAAGUAGAAUAUUCUGACGCGGUGGACGCACGACGUUUAGUCGAAGAGGAACUCACAGCCCUGAAGAGACAGAAACAAGAUUCUGCUCGACGGCAGAGCGUGCUGGAGAACAAAAUCAUCGAGCUGGAAACUCUUACGGGUACUCUUACUAAAGGUAGCACGGCGGCGAAUCUUCGUAAUGGAUCUGCGACGAGUCCUCUGAGUAAUUCAGACAACGUGACGUCACCAACGUUUAAUUCGAGUCCUUCGCCAACGUUGGAACAGAGCCCUCCACCGGCCCCAGCGCCACCUCCACCACCGCCACCCCCGUGUCCACCGCCGCCUCCCAUGGCAUCUCUUUCUCCGGGAGAUCAAAAAUUACCACCACCUGCACCUAUACCUCCACCACCUGCCGGCAUGAUGCAAGCACCGGAUGGAGCAAUGACUAUUAAACGAAAGGUUCAAACGAAGUACAAACUUCCUACACUAAAUUGGAUUGCCUUAAAGCCUAACCAAGUCCGAGGCACCAUUUUUAAUGAAUUGGAUGACGACCGACUGCAUAAUUACAUAGACUUUUCUGAUUUCGAAGAACGAUUUAAAAUUGGAAUUGGUGGACACAUAGCUAACGGUACCAAUGAAAUUGACGGACUUCACAGCUUUCCUAGUAAAAGAUUCAAGAAGCCGGAAAAUGUAUCACUUUUGGAGCACACAAGAUUACGAAAUAUUGCUAUAUCGCGAAGAAAAAUGGAAAUGCCGGUAGAAAAAGUUAUUUCGGCCGUAAACGCUCUUGACUUAAAAGUACUUUCGCUGGAAAAUGUGGAGUUGCUUCAACGUAUGGUGCCUACGGAUCAAGAGAUCAAAGCGUACAGAGAGUAUAUAAUAGAGAAGAAGAACGUUAACCUUCUGACAGAGGAGGAUAAAUUUUUGAUGCAACUGGGUAAAGUGGAAAGGAUAUCCACUAAAUUGUCGAUUAUGAAUUAUAUCGGGAACUUUUUUGACAAUUUACACCUCAUCACUCCACAAAUACAUGCUGUGAUAUCUGCGGCGAGUACGGUGAAGAGCUCGAAGAAACUGAGAGCAGUGUUAGAAAUUAUUCUUGCUUUCGGAAACUACUUGAACAGUAGCAAACGAGGUCCGGCAUAUGGAUUUAAACUGCAGAGCUUGGACACAUUGCUCGACACGAAAUCGACAGAUAAGAGAAUGUGCCUCUUACAUUAUAUCGUAGCUACGAUACGGGUCAAAUUUCCAGAACUUAUUAAUUUCGAAUCGGAACUGAUGUACAUCGAUAAAGCUGCGACAGUUUCUCUAGAAAAUAUAACUACCGACGUCCAUGAGUUAGAAAAGGGUAUGGACCUUGUAAGAAAAGAAUUCGAGCUUCGUGGCAAAGAGAAACAUAACACGGUACUGCGAGAUUUCUUAAAUAACUCCGAGGAAAAGUUACGCCGACUAAAAUCGGAUGCUCGAGCAGCCGGUGAAGCGUUUCGAGAGUGCGUUGAAUUCUUCGGAGAAAGUCCGAGACAAGCCGACGCUAAUACAUUCUUCUCUCUUCUUGUUAGAUUCGCAAGGGCAUUUAAGGCUGCGGAUCAGGAAAAUGAACAACGACGUAGAUUGGAAGCUGCUGCUGCGGAAGCUUUGAAUACCUCGGAAGAAGUCAUUAAACGAAAUAAAUUAAAUCAAAAGAAACAGCAGGACGCUGUGAUAAACGAAUUAAAAAACAAAACGAGAUUGGUUCAGGAGAAGAAACUGUUGCAGCAGGAUGAGGUUUACAAUGGUGCUCUGGAGGACAUUCUUCUUGGGCUUAGGUCGGAACCCUAUCGCCGAGCGGAUGCGGUUAGGCGUAGUCAACGUAGACGUAUCGAUAAUCACAGACUCUCUCGCACCGCCGAAGAAUUGGAGCUUUAAGUUGUCUUACGUAUAAUCGUAAUCUUAGAAAACAAAUUGUUUCUAUCUAUAAGGAGGACCUUGAUUCAAGCUCCUACGAACAUUGCUAAUACCGACUCAAGUAACUCUUUCAAGCGCAGACAUACUUUUUAUAACCAUUGUAUUUAGUAGUAUUCAUAAC